AUGACACGUCAAGAACAAGAAGCAAGCUCCAAGGCCAGCGUUCACAGCAAAGCGUCUGCCAUUAAUCUUGAAACUGUUUCGAGUUCCGUAGUUGGAGCCAGUGUCGAGCUUGAUGAAGAGACGAACAGAAAGUUGCUUCGAAAGAUCGAUCGGAAGCUGAUGCCUCUCUGCUUUACCUACGCCCUUCAAUACUACGACAAGGCUAUCCUUAGCCAGGCGGCCAUCUUCGGUUUGCGAGACGAUCUGAAACUCACCACUGGCAUUAGGUACUCCUGGGUAUCUCUUAUCUUCUACUUCGGAUAUAUCGCUGGUACUUAUCCCGCCUCAUUUCUCGCCCAACGAUACCCGAUUCGAAUCGUCUGCACCACCAUCUGCAUUCUAUGGUCUUUUGUCAUACUUUGCACGCCAGCAUGCACUUCCUAUACCGGAAUCCUGAUUAAUCGUUUUAUGCUCGGCCUUAUCGAGGCAGGUGUCUCGCCUAUCUUCAUGCUCGUUGUAGGCCUCUGGUACACCCACUCGGAGCAGGUCGCACGAUCAAGUUGGUGGUAUUCCUGCAGCGGAGGAUCUCUGCUUAUCUCACCCUUGAUCAAUUACGGACUUGGCCAUAUCAAGGGAGGCGCCCUCAACUCGUGGCAGUGGAUGUACAUCAUCGCCGGGCUUGCUACUCUGGUCUGGGGUAUUGCCCUCUGGUGGCUGUUCUCUGAUAGCCCUCAGCAUGCGAAAGGGUUUACAGAAGCCGAGCGCCAUCUUCUCCUAGAGCGAGUGCGAGAAAAUAAUGCCGGGACUGAGGAUAAGCGUUUCAAGUCCUACCAGUUCCGGGAGGCCUUGUUUGACUAUCGCCUUUGGGAUAUUAUGGUUCUAUCUAUCGUGUCCUGCACAGGUUCCGGCGCUGUCACCACCUUUGGAACUAUUGUAUUCAAGGACAUGGGCUUUGACGUGUUUACUUCGCUGUUGCUUAAUCUUCCCAUUGGAGCCCUCGCUUUCAUCUGUGUUCUCGGUUCAGGGUAUAUUGGGAAGAAUGUUCCCAACUCCAGGUUGUAUGUCGUCGUCGGAGCAUCUAUACCUGUCAUGCUUGGUUGUUCCUUGAUAUGGCAACUCCCAGACUCUAACAAGGCAGGACGUAUCAUUGGCUUCUAUCUUGUCAACUUCUUCUCCUCUGCCUGGGUUCAGUGCAUUGGCUUAGGAACUUCCAAUGUUGCUGGACAUACCAAGAAGGCUGUGUAUGCUGCUUCCACAUUCUUGGGUUACUGUCUUGGAAAUAUUAUAGGCCCGCUCAUGUUUGACGCUAAGUUUGCCCCUCGUUAUGACGAAUCGUUUACUGGGAUCAUGAUCUGCUUUGCAGUCUGUGUCUUUGCUGCCCUUGCACUUCGAUGGGCACUUGCUCGAGAAAACAAACAUCGCGAUACAGCCUAUGGUUGUCCUGACCUCAGCCACGGCUUAGAGGACCUGACAGAUCGGGAAAACAAGUCAUUUAGAUACAACCUGUAG